ACUGCCGAAUCCCUAAACCCACCAGAACCCUAGCCCCGCCACCCCUCGCUGCCGCCGCUUCCACCCCGCCCCCUCUCCUACUACUACUCGGCUACUCCUCCAUGGCAUCCGCAUCGCCCUCGGAGGACGCGCAGGCGGAGGCCAUGCGGGGGCUCACGGCCUCCGGCGUGCAGGCCGGCGUGGACGCGGCCGUCGAUGCGCUGAAGCCGCUCAAGGUGGAGGCCGGCGCCGGACCCGGCGGCGGCGACGCCAGUGAGAAGUUGCGGCAGGCGGUUGCCAGCCCUUGCAAGUCCAAGAGAUAGGCAUCAGGACAUGUCGAGAAGUUUACUGACCUCAUGGUCAAGGAUGAGAAGACAGGCACAUGCUACCGUGCUGAUCACUUGCUGAAAGACUUCUGCAAGGAGAAGCUUGAGAAGGACCUCACCUUGUCCCCAGAGAAGGCGGCCGGGUUUAAGCAUGCCCUUGCUGUGUUAGAUGAACUCUCACCAGAGGAACUUGGUGAAGAUCAAGGAUUACAGCAUUGUUGCCCCAGAUACAAAGAACCCGCUCUCUGAUCCAUACCCGUCCAAUCUUAUGUUCCAGACAUCUGUUGGUCCUACUGGUCUAAGUGUGGGGUACAUGAGACCGGCACCGGCGCCGGCAUCGGAUGUGCAGCAGCGAGCAGAAGAGCAGCAAAAGGCUAUGCGGCGGCGGAACCGUGCGGUGUGGCGGCGGCUGUGGGGGAAGUACUCGGCGGAGAUCUGGGACCCGGUGAACGCACGUCGCGUGUGGCUGGGCAUCUUCACCACUGCCGAGGACACCUUCAGCGCUUACGACGCAGCCGCGAUCCGCUUCAAGGGCCCCGGCAAGGCCAAGCUUGCCGCCACUAACGAUGCUGUUGCAACGUCUGGUAGUCCCGGUGAUCAGGAGUUGUCCUAGUUCUUCCCGGAUAUCGGCCCGUCAUCGACUAGCCUGGACAGUCAGCGGAGGAGGAGCAUAGGCGUCCGAUAUUGACUUGGCGGGAGAAGCGUGUCGGGCCCUAGCUAGCGUGGCGUUGUCAACUUGUAAAUGGGUGCAUUUUUUUAACGAGGAAAUUACACUGCAGGUCCAUGAACUUGGCAGCGAUGUUCAGUUUCAUCCAUUAACUUGAAAACUGUUCAAAUGACUCACUAAACUUGUCAGUUUUGUUCAUUUUAGUCCAAA